AUGGGUUUUGGUCGAAAUUCGACCGUGAGAAGUGGAGAUUACUUGGAAGGAAUGCUUAAUGAUUAUGUUGGAGGAAGGGCCAAAGUGAAGGCUCAAAAAAGUGCCUCCACAAAGUUUGUGGCAGCUCUCACAUGUCUUCAGUUUUUCUUUGCAGUUUAUGCAACAUUCCUAUUGUAUUAUAUGGGUCCUUCUAUUGAUUUAAGAACCAGGCCAGAUUUUACAUGGGCUACACGAAUUGCCCAACAAUGGAAGCAACUUAUGAUCACACCCCAUGUUGUUGGUCACUACCAAGAAGCUGCUUCUUCUCUCAUCAUGGAGGAUAAUGUUCUACCAACAACACCAUCCCAAGUUUGUGAGAAUGAGAAGAUAGAUUUCAUGCAAAAGAAGUCCAAUGAUGUGCAAAUGAUCAAGUUAAAGAGAGAACUUUAUGAGGAGGUUUUGAACUUCCAAAGCAAAACCAUUGGCACUGAGACGCUUCAAGAGCUGAUGGCAAUGAAAUCCAUAUGGGACUUGAAUGGUCCAAACAGGCCAAAAAUCACAGUCUUGUUAAACCACUUCAAGAGAAAAACUCUUUGUUCUCAGCUUGAUUCUUUGCUCCAACAGACCCUCCCUUUCCAUCAUGUUUGGGUGCUCUCAUUUGGGAGCCCAAAUGAGGCCUCACUCAGGAGAAUUGUGGAGACAUAUAACAAUUCAAGAAUCAGCUUCAUAAGCUCAACCUAUGAUUUCAAGUACUAUGGGAGAUUUCAAAUGGCUUUGCAAACUGAAGCUGAUUUGGUGUAUAUUGUUGAUGAUGACAUGAUUCCUGGGAGGAAGAUGUUGCAGAUUUUAGCACAUGUGGCUGGGACAGACAAGUACAAGAACUCUGUGUUGGGAAGUAUAGGAAGGAUAUUGCCUUUUAGACAGAAGGACUUCACUUUUCCAAGUUAUAGAAAAUUUCGGUCUAAAGAGGCAGGGCUUUAUUUGCCAGAUCCUGCUUAUGAUAUCAUGGUUGAUAAAAUUAUGCAGGUGGAUUUUCUAUCUAGUUCAUGGUUUCUAUCUGCUGAGCUUGUCAAGACACUCUUCAUUGAGACACCUUUUACCUUCUCAACUGGUGAAGAUCUGCACCUCAGCUACCAGCUUCAGAAGUACAGAAAUGCUGGCUCUUUUGUUCUUCCAACAGACCCUACGGACAAGGAAACAUGGGGUGAUAGUGAACACAGGCUUGCAUAUGUGUCUGAAACCACAGUGAUUUUCAAGGACAUAGUUCAAGUCAGAGAUGAUCAAUGGUGGAAAGCACUUUCUACAGGUUAUGUGACCCAAUGGGCAGCAAUGUACCCUCAAAAAAUUGAUGCACUUUUUUAUGCGCACUCACUUGAUGAAGUAAAAGCACUUGCACCACUUCUUGAAAAGUUCCGGUCCACAGUUGGCAAAAAGGCCUACAUUGUUGUCUCUGGUGGCAAUUUUUGUCCCUGUGAAGAUGCUGCAACAGCUUUGAAAUGGCCUAUAGUGGUUUGCAAAGAACGUCGUUUUAAGAUUUUUGAUUUGGCAAUUGGAUCACUCUCUGGUGUAUCAAACUCAGAGGCACCAGUGAUACAAGCAGUGUACACCAGCAUGAAGGGUUUGAUCAAAAUUCACAAUCCUAGUGUAGUGAUCACUGUAGCUGACACUGACCCUCAUGUGAAAAACGCUUUGAAGAUGGCAUCAGAAACAAAUUCAAAUGUCACCGCAUUGGUUCUUUUACCCAGGGCUUCAGUGUCUAAAGUUCUUUGGAUGGCUGAUUUACGUUCAACAGCAUUGCCAAAUUGGAACCGGAUGAGGAUUUCCGUGAACAUCAUUACUCAAAAUAGAGUCAAUUCACUAGCAAGGCUUCUAAAAUCUCUCAGCAAUGCCUACUAUCUAGGAGAUGAAGUUCCAAUUACCUUCAACAUGGAUAGCAAGGUAGAUGAGGCAACAAUAAAACUAGUGGGUUCAUUUGAGUGGCCUCACGGGCCCAAAACCCUCAGAAGGAGAAUCAUCCAAGGUGGGCUCAUCCGGGCUGUUAGUGAAAGCUGGUACCCAUCUUCUGAUGAUGACUUUGGGCUUCUACUUGAAGAUGACAUAGAAGUUUCUCCUUACUAUUACCUAUGGAUCAAAUAUGCACUCAUGGCUUACCACUAUGAUCCUCAAAUUUCUCUCCCUGAACUCUCCUCAAUCUCACUCUACACUCCAAGACUUGUUGAAGUUGUCAAAGAAAGGCCCAAAUGGAAUGCCACUGAAUUCUUCAAACACAUCCAUCCCAACACACCUUACCUCCACCAAUUACCCUGUAGUUGGGGGGCAGUGUUCUUCCCUAAGCAUUGGAGAGAGUUCUAUGUGUACAUGAACAUGAGGUUCACUGAGGAUGCCAAGGCCAACCCAGUUCAAAUUCCAAAGUCUAGAACAAAUGGAUGGCAAGCUUCAUGGAAGAAGUUCCUCAUAGACAUGAUGUACCUUAGAGGGUAUGUUAGUCUCUACCCAAAUUUCCCACAACAAGCAAGCUUUUCCACCAACCAUAUGGAACCCGGGGCACAUAUUAGUGCAAAAAACAAUGUUGUUAAACAUAACAAACAGGACUUUGAGGUGCCAUUGUUGAAGGAAGAUUUUAGAAACUUUUUGCCAGGAAUGAAAAUGCCACCAGCUUCAAGACUUCCAUCUCUAAACCUCUUCAAUCAACCAGUUUCUCUGAAGGGUCUCAAAGCUGCUGGAGCUAAGUUGGGCCAAGAUGUUCUAAGAUGUAACAAUGCCACUGAGGUAGUUGUUGUUGAUCAAGAUACCGGUCUACCUCAUAGCUGCUCCAAAUUCUGA